AUGGACUCGCCGACCCUUAACAAAUCAUCGAGAUCAGGAUACAAAGAGACGGUUAAUGGGAAAAUUGACCCGAGAGGCACGAUCCCAAAACCAUCCAGUGAAAGAGCUAUUAGAAGGCUAACGAGUGAUUUAGAGGGACUCCUACAGUUGCUUAAGUCGCGGAAAGACACACCACAGCAGGAUGAGGAGAAUGGUAUGAAGAAGGCCUCCUCAACAAAUGGUAAUCAAUGCAAAAGAAGACUGUGAUAAUUGUGAUACCUCGUUGUACCUAUCUGUUUAUUCCCCAUGUCGAUUCUGUACCUAAAGCUGACAUUUCCUUUCACGGCACCACUACUAGUUAGAAACAAAAAACCUUUUCUUUAAUGAAAUUUUUUUUUCUGCAGGAAAACAUGUUCAUUUUUGAAUCCGAAAGUUCAGAUUACUAGUACCAUGGUCAUUUUAAUGAUUAAAAACUAGAAAGCCACCAUAAGCCAGGCCAAAUGAAAUGAAAUGACAAAAUGGCCUUGAUAGAGCUGACAUUGAAUUAGACGUUAAUGGCCGUUUUCACUGAUGUUGCGUUUCAUUUUGAAGUUCCAGGUGGUGGCGUAGCGUUUGAUCUAGGCUUUAUUGUGGACGGAUCAAAAGUAAUAGAUGAACAAGGCACUGGCAAUUUUAGGAAAUGCUUGGAAUUUGUCAAAGAGAUUUUAAGGAUAUUCCCAGUCACCACUGACGGAAUACAUGCAGGACUGGUAACGUAUGGGGAGGAUUCGCAAGUUCAUUUUAAUUUUGACACGAACAUAAAACAACUUAACAUUGAAGCUAGUAUUGACUCAAUAACAUAUCCCGGGGGAGAAUCGCAGACAGGAAAUGCGCUUUACACAGCAAUGACAAAACUGUUUCCUCACAGUGGUCGACAGAACGUUGCGCAUGUGUUGAUUGUUAUCACCGGAAGUGAUUCCAAAGAUGAAGUAGAACCUGCUGCACAAGAGUUAAGGGCCGGUGGAGUAAGGUUAUUUUGCGUUGGCGUUGGUGGGAGAUAUGAUGAAUCUCAGCUAGAAGUGAUUGCAAACUCGCCUUCGGAUACUUACGUCGUUACCUCGGAAUUUGACAGUUUGAUGAAUGUGGUUCUUGUUCUUGUACCACGAAUCUUAGCUGGUGAGUUCUACAUAUUUUAAAAAGUUGAUACUACAUUUGUUUCUGAUGAUGUUGAUGAUGAUGAUGAUGAUGAUAAUGAUGAUGAUGAUGAUGAUGAUGAUGAUGAUGAUGAUGAUGAUGAUGGCGACGAUGUCGAUGACGAUGGUGAUGAUGAGGAGGAGGAGGGGGGAGGAGGAGGAGAAUUGAAACAAUUUUUGAUGAUCUUUCUCAAAUGCUCAAAACUAAAUUGUAAAAUGUCACUCCCAAAUGGUUGAUAAUGAGGUGUAGGCACUAAAAUCAUGAUAUGUUAAAACAGGAGCCCAUAACCCUUGUCACUGUAGUCUCUUGGCUUGCGUUUAUACUAAGUCCUUUGAUCAGUUAGUUAACUAUUUUUUGGUGACAAAAAAUAGACUGAAAAUCCAGUUUUGGAAAAUAUGACGGUCUUGAAUGUUCUAAAAUAUUUCUUUUGAUUUAAGUUCUUGAUGAAUCUGCUGGAAAGCCAACACCGACGCCACCGCAGAGCCUGCUAUCACAAGGAGGAAUUGUUGGUAAGAGUUCGCCAGUUAAAUGGUCUUCACAGGCCAAUUAAUCAGUUUUAAAGCAGUGUUUAUAGGUCAAGCAUAAUUUAACCUUUUCAAAAUUAAAUUCUCAGAAUUAUUCAUAUAUUGCUGUUUCAGAGUCUAAGAUAGACCUUGGUUUUUUGAUAGACGGAACAGACACAGUAGGAGCAGAGAACUAUCGCUUGGCUUUGGACUAUAUGAAAAGCAUAUAUAGCGCAUUCUGGACUCAGUUUAGCAGUAUUCACCUUGGGCUCGUGGUCUUCGGCGAGGCAGCGAGAUUAAUUUUUGACUUUGAUAAUAAAUAUGAUGAUAAAACUGAAACAAAUAAGGCCAUCGAUAGUGCCUCAUUCCCAGGAGGAAAAACUGCCUCAAUUGGGGAAGCUCUAAUUUCAGCUAAGACUCAUCUCUUUGGUAUCAAACACCAUGAUUCCUACAAGCGAAUUCUAGUUCUUAUCACUGGAAGUACUUCAACAGAUGAUAUUUUCACUGGAGCUGAGAUGCUCAAGGCCAAUAAUGUUAAUGUGUUCUGCGUUGGCGUAGGAAAUCAAUAUGACGAAGCACAGCUCGAUGGAAUAGCUUCUGAGCCAAGUUCGAAUAAUAUUUUGACAGUAGCCAGUUAUUACAACCUUACAUCGCUCACUCAAACUCUUAUCGAUAAAAUCGAGGAAGGUAGGAUCACUUAGGCAUAAAAUACGUUAAUAAAGUGGAACCCCGCCUUACGGCCAUCUCGGUAAUACGGUCACCUAGUUAUUACGGCCACAUUUUUUUGGCCGCCCGGCAAAAACGACCAUACAUUUUCUUGUAAAGAAACAUGGUUAAUACGGUCACCUCUUUAUUACGGCCAAAUGUUUUUGGCCCAUUGGAGACCGUAUUAAGGGGGUUCCACUGUAUUGUUUAUGGUCUAGAACGUAAAAAUUCGACAUCGAAUGGGAGAGGGAAGCCACGAAACUUAGGAAUUAGGCUAUUACAGUGGAAGCACUCGUAAACGGACAUCCUGGCGACGAGAAAAAGGUGUCCGUAUCUGGAGUUGGCUGCUUACAAGAAUAGUUCUCGUAUUCUGCAGCCAGUAGAGGUGUAGGGGUAAAAUGGCCGCUUACGGGAGCUUCCUCCGGUACAAAAAAAAGUACUAGGAAAUAACCAAUUAAAAAAAACUGAUGACACUGUUUGGCUAUUUUAAAGGGAUGAAGGUGAAGGACAUAAAUAUCACGUUUUUUAUUUUUUUAUUAAAUCAGCGCGAACAUCCUACAUCCCUCCAAAAGAGCCAAUAUUUUCAUCGGGGAGAUUUCAGCGAAAUGUUAGUCAGCCAGGACAGUCGUCCAGAAAACCAGGACUUGGACCACCGAUAAGGAUACCGCCGGCUGUUAUCUCUCCUCAAUCAGGCCAGGUUCGUCUUUCUCCAACCACUACGCCCACCAAUUCAACUCCUCCGUCUUCUCUUGUCUCGCCAUCUAGACCUGUGUUUGGUGGUGGCGGUAAGAUGCCUGUCAAUGGAAUCAUGACUAGUCGACCAACUAUUGAAAGACCACCCAAAUGGCAGCCGCACGUGCCACCUCUAGUGCCUAAAGAAGGUAAUUACUACAGAAGUUCGUUAAGGGUGUGUUCCUUUCGGCGAAUCCAAAAACGGAUUUUUGAUUCUAGAUUUGCCAGAUUUCGCGGUCGAAAGGGACGUGAAAUCCGAAAUUGGAUUCGUAACCUUGGUAACCUUUCGCCAACGCGUGUAAUAUGCACGACAGCCUCUCAAAAAAUGACGUGUUUUCUACUGUUUGGCAAAUUAUGCGAUUAUACCGUGCAGAAUUUAGUGGUCGGCAGUUCGAAUAGCGACGAUGGAACGUAUAAAACAGACAAAGAAAGAAGCCCAUUAAAACUGAAAAUUAUCUAAAGAAUGUCGGCCAGUUUGAUCCAGUUACAUAGCUCGGAUUUUUUUAUGUAACACGAUCGAGUGCUUGUCGCGUCUACAAGCGAGUUUGUAGCUAGAAAGCAGUUCAUUUGUUAUCUUUACUUAUUUCUGAUUUCAAGCAUUCAUUAGAGAGAAAUGAUUAGUAUAUGGAUAUUUUAAUGUACCAGGAACAAUCUUCUAAUGUUUUCAGAAGUUUUGCGGCAAAUGACAGCAACGAGGAAACUCUACGGCCUCUAUGGGAAUACUUCAACUGGAAAUACCGCUGGAUCAUCUGACUAAUUUCGGAUCCACUGUGAAUGGAACAGCGUAGAUCACUAAUCCGUUAAUCUGGAUUUGGACUCUUCGGAUUUCAAAUCCAAUGAAUCCUUUUUCAAAAAGGAUUCACCAGAUCUAAAAUCCGUUUUUUGAUUCACCGAAAAGAACACACCCUAAGAGUUGCAUUGAUAAAAGCUAACGCAACGAGCUAAGUUAAAAGGUUUAGGAAAAAGGUACCUCAUUUUGCCUGGCUUCAUCAAAUCUUCUAUACCAGGUACACUACACCUUGGCGCAAACAUUGAGUUUUGGAAGUGGUGACAAACAUUUUAUUUUUGGUGGCGACACUUAUUCCCGUUAGCAAUAUAUAGUUAAAGAACUGUACUCUCGGAUUAUGUGUGGCUUAAUCUUGAUCUACAGAUGAGAAGCUUGACCUUGUUUUCUUACUGGAUGGACCAGCUAGCAUUCCGAAUAAUGGAUUUGAAGCUGUAAAAAUAUUUAUCAAGAAAAUAUACAGUAACUUUCCAGUUGGAGAAGAUGCAACUCAUAUUGGUCUAGUGUUAUCUGGAAAAGCCUCGCCUGUUGUCUUGAACCUCACGGAUAACAAAGGCGCACAAAGUGUUAACACAAAGGUUCUUUCUACAACCAGUCCAAGUUUUGAGGAGAACGCUUUGGGUAAAGGCCUGAUAGCUACUAAGGAAAACGUGUUUGACGUUAGUGCCCGACCAGGAGGGCGCCAAGUAUUAAUGGUCCUUGCGGCGGGGAAAUCAGACGAUGAUACCAAAAUGCCUUCACGUGCGUUAAGAGAUAAAGGUGUGAAUAUUUUCGCUGUUGGAAUAGGUAACAAAGUGGAUGUGAAUCAACUACGAGACAUUGUAACUUUACCAGAAGAGGAGCACUUAACACAAUCCACAGUAGAGAAUUUAGAUAAGCUACUCAGUCCAAUGGUGCAGAAUAUAAGGAAAGGUAGGUGUGACCAACAGGCUCAUUUAGCUUCUUAUAGUUGAUUAAUUAUGACAGAAAUAGGUGGCGAGGCGGGGGAAAUUAGCCUGUAGGCUGGCGUUAAUUUCCCUCGUUUUUCUGGCGAACGAAGCACGAAGAGGGGGUAGAAUGCUAGACACUUGCAAUGGGGGGAAGGGCCUUCCCACCUCGUGAGGGUCUCGCGCUCCUCACUCGAGCUCGCCUCGCACUUGUCUUAGCUCGCGAACUAGCGCCUUUUCUCUUAGGUGGCAACCUUAAAAAUCUGCUUGCUGUUCCUUUUCCCCUUGAUUUUCCGAAUUUGCUUUCUUACUGAUGCUUGGAUCUAAGACAAAAAAGAUGAACUUAUUUUCUUUGGUUGACUAAAUAUAUCAGAUCAAUGCCUGUUACAACACACUAACAUGUCCAUUACACGAGUAAUAUUUUCUAACUUAUCAUUGGUAAGGUAAUUAAGAUUUUUAGAGUUGUGAAUUCUGACUUAGAAGGCGUGAUUGUUCCAUUUUUUUGUUCUUUAAUUUCCAUCGAUCAAAGUGGCAAACGUGUCAUGUUUUGUUUUGGCUGGCUUUGUUUUUGUUUUGUUAUUUUGUUUUUUGGUUCUGCUGUUGGUGCUGUUUCGCGGGUAAUAGUAGUGCCUUUUCUUUUUUUAGUUCUUGCUGAGUCUGUGGUUCCUUUCGGACCGGCAGGUAAGGGUUUUUUUUAUAUUCCUUGAGAUGGUCUCUCACGUUUUAUUACUAAACAAAACCCGAUGCUUUGCACUGAUUGAAACUGUUCAGUCAUUGCAGAAUUGGGCUGUCUUAGGAAUCUGCCGAAAUGCUCCACUCACCGAAGGACUUCAUGGGACUGAAAUAUCAUUUUGAAGUUGUAAUUAUAUACUUAAGUGGAAUUAUAAGUAUCAAGAAUACAGGAAACAUUUAUUCAAAAAAUUUUCCAACCAUAUUGUAUUUUAUUGCAACCAUAUUAAUACGACCAGUCAUUAUCAUCAAAGAAUUAUUUUAUUAUAUCUUAUUAUAUAUUCUUACAUUUCUUAAGGUCUCAAGAUGGAUCUUGGAUUUCUCCUAGAUGUCAGUUUAAAAAAUCUGAGACAUGAUCAGUUCCAGAAUAUAUUGAACUCUGUUAAGUCAAUUUAUGCUUCUUUUGAAAUUGGCGAAGACAAAACUAGAGUCGGAGUAGUGACAUACAGCACUCGUCCACGAAUAGCAGUUUCGCUAGACCAAUAUACCACCAGACAAUCUCUCGACACUGCAAUUGAUCGGAUACUAGUGUCUCCUGGGCAAAGCGCAUUAGGAAAGGGCUUGUCAGCUGUACAAAAUGAGCUUUUUCAAGGAAAAACACGUUCAGAGACUCCCAAAGUACUUGUUGUAGUGACCGCGGGAACAUCUAUAGAUGACUUGGUAAAACCAUCAGCAGAGCUAAAGAGACUUAAUAUAACGAUCUUUUGCGUUGGAGUAGAAGCUAACGUGAACAGAAAUCAGCUCAAUAUCGUAGCUUCUUCCCCUGUGAAGGAUCACGUGAUGGUGGGAAGUGUAUCGUACCGAGAAACUGCAGGAGAAAAUUUGGCUUCAAGGAUAAAAAGAGGUACGUAAUGUUAACUUCUCCUUCUUCGGGGUAAGGAGAAAAACAGAGUACAGCUUAUUCUCUAUUCGUUCAAUUAUACUGAUACGGAAUGGGCAAAUGUCAAUACAUCGUCACAUACACACAUGAAAAUUUGCAAAGAAAUACUUUGAAGAGAAUGCGAUCCUAAAGUUUGCGUAUUUUGGCCCUCAACGCAGCUGGUGAGUCAUUUAAACAUUUCUAAAAGGUCUGAUUAGUCUGAAUUAUGGAUGAAUACGUUUUGGGUUCCUAAAUUUUAGUGAUGAAACACAAACUGGGCUGUAACAAAUGAAUUAGCAUGAUAAAAUAACGAGGUAAGGAAAAACAAGCAAACGGAACAAACACGGUGACAGGUCCGCUCUAAAGAUCAACAAGUUAAAAAAACUGAAAGCAGAUUACAAAAAAGUGUUUAAUGUUACCUUCAGCUGUCCAGGUAGACCUUGGCUUCCUGGUAGAUGGUUCAAGGAAUGCAUUGGAGUCAGACUUCAAGCAAAGCCUGGAUACUGUGAGGUACAUCUACAGCACUUUUCCCAUUUCACAAGAAGACGUCCAUGUGGCUCUCGGUAUUAUUUCCAGUAGUCCUGAGAUCAUUUUCAGUUUUGAUAAAUACUUUGAUAAGCAGAGCCUUGAUAUGUCUAUUAGCAGCGUAGAAUUUCCGGGGGCUUCGCAAAAUUUAAACAUUGGCCAAAGCCUCUCACUUGUCAAAGAAAUGUUAUAUAGUAGCAGUUCAAGGAAGGCGGUCAGACAGAUCCUGGUGAUAUUGGUGCACGGCGAAUCAGAUGAUAGCCUCUCUGAUCCGGUUAGGCGACUUAGAGACAGUGGGAUAGAAAUCUUUUGUCUUGGCGUUGGACAAAAAAUUAACGGCAGUGAGCUCGCUGAGAUAGCUUCAACACCCACAGAAAAUCAUGUAGUGAUGGAUAACAUUAUUAACCUGCCAAGAGGAGCUCGGGACCUUGUAGACAAACUGCAGAUUGCUAAAGUUCAACAAGGUACGUUAUCAAAUGAAAGGAAACGUCUACUCAAGAAUAUUCUUUUCAUGAUUAUUGUAAUGUUCCAACAUGUAAACAAGGAUGAUUGGGUUCUUUGGGUUCAUCAGUUAUGCAGAACAACUGAAAAAUAAAGUUCAUACAUUACAAUAAAAUGUUUUGCAGUUUACUUUUCAUUAGUUUGCUUUUAGCAAAAUGAAUCUAUCAAUUUUACUGUAGGUUUACCACGACCGCAAAGCUCAGAAAUUUAUUCCUGCGCUUUCUGAUACUUGAGUUCUCUUUCUUUCCAAUUUGCAUAUAUUUCGAUAAUUACAGAGCCUUUUAAUUUACUUUUGCUACAUCAUAUUUAUAUAGUAAGUUAUUUUAUUAUGUCAGUAGAUGGAGGGCGAGUUCCUGUUCAGCAGCAGUUGAAUAAGAAACCUAGAGGAGGUAAGAAAAAUGUUUGACAUAUAAAUGGUUUGAUUCAGAACAUAAAGCUUUUCACUCGCUUUUUCAACAUAACAUAAAUAUUUUGCUACCUGGAAAUUUAACAGCACGAGUUUUCAUGUUCUAAUCGAGGUCAAAUGACAUCUUUAAUGAAGGUGUUUCCCGCCAAAAGUCUAGCCUCUGAGUUGGCUGCAUUCUGCGGCAGAAGGUCACAGUUUGAACUGUUACCCAUGAAUAUUCACCGCCACCUCUUAUAGAAAAAUAUAAUUAACAAUCUUCAAAAAUUAAUGUUUCCCGCCAAAAGUCUAGCCUCUGAGUUGGCUGCAUUCUGCGGCAGAAGGUCACAGUUUGAACUGUUACCCAUGAAUAUUCACCGCCACCUCUUAUAGAAAAAUAUAAUUAACAAUCUUCAAAAAUUACUUCACCUUUGAAGCGUGAUUAUUGUGAAACUCAGCUGUGUACACGGGAGAUUGUUCACUCAAUAUUGCAAUACGCGUUAUAGCAUUACCAGUAAUAAGUCGAAGCAGAUCGACAAUGAAUUAUUUUUCUUUCAGCUGCUAUUGAUCUCGUAGUACUUGUGGAGAGAAGCAAAAAUACAAAACCUGAAGACUUUGAACGGAUAAAAGAAAUAGUACGAUCAACCUAUCAUAAUUUCCGAGUUUCACAGAAUGGUGUCCAUGUAGCAGUGGCGUUCUUUGGAGUAGAAACACAAAUUGUCUUCAACUUAAACACAUAUGACGAUCCUCAGGAGAUGGAUAUUAACAUUAAUAACGUAGCUUACCUUUCUGGUCCAAGCAUGGCAGGAAACGCCUUCCGCGAUAUUAAAACCCAAAUCUUCGACCCGAAUUCGCGCCAGACCGUUCCUCGUGUGGUUCUUACUAUAAUGACAGGGACGCCUAGUGAUGAGAUUGAAAGAGCAGUAAAUGAACUAAAAAAAGAUUGCACCUUGAUGUUUGCUUUGGGUCUCACCACCACCUUUAGUCCGCAAACUUUGAAUGUCGCUUCCGGUGAGCCUCGUUCGGAGUACUUGCUUAUCAGUGAAACAUUUCCGGAGGCUAACAUGGUCGCUCAGAAAAUGGCAGAUAAAAUCAAGAAAAGUGGGUAUCACUAUAUAUAUUGUUCUUUUGCAACUUUUUAUUUCAUAGGUACAAUGUCUAACUAGUAAGUACGAGUGCAUACUUACAUAUGCCCAUAUCAUUAGCUACUUCACCUUUUGCCGGCCAUUUUCACUCACGCUUAUAUAAUCCUGCUUUGUUUGUUUGUUUUUCUCGGAAGCCUCUUAUGAUAUUCAUGUGUUUUAAAUUUGACUUCCUAUGAUUAUACUCGUAUUUUAAUUUGACUGCUUCGACACUCCCGUAUAUUAACAAACUUUUUAGGAUGGCAUUAAUUCCAAGGUGUGCCUUUCUUAUCGAGUUAACUCGUAAAUAAAUUUAAAUUAUGGUUACAUGAGUCUUGCUGUCCGGGUUUGCCCCUUUGCCGAGAUCCCGAUACGUUAGUUAGAUGCAAAAUAAUCAACUUUUUGAUCACAUGGCAACCCAACCCAGCUCAGCAGACGGGGCCAAACUUUAGAACUCACUAAGUUAUUAUCUUAAGGUUGGCUUUAAUAAUUUUUGUACGUUUUCUUAGUUGUCUCUAUAGAAAAAUCUCGUUCUCCCCGCUGCGCUCAGCUAGGAGGUAAGAACACUCUGUGAUAUGAAUAUACCACUGAAUCGAUAUCAUUCACUCCGUAUUGUCUUUCUGCGGGCCCCUGUAUUCUUAGAGACUGCGAUUUGAUAGAUGGAUUGCAUUAUUAUAUUCCUACAGAUUCAAAUUUGGAUAUAGCCUUCAUUGUAAGCGAUUGCCAAACAACUGCCAACGAUAGCUUUCAAGAACAGCUGGAUUUCGUUAGUGACCUACAUAGGUCUCUGGCAUUGGCUCCUGAUAAAAUUCGUGUUGCCAUUAUCUCAGUCGUCAAUGGUGUCCAAAUUCUUCAACAGUUAACAAGUACUCCAUCAGACCCAAGCGCCGUAGUGUCAGCAUAUAUUAGCCAGCCUACCGCCGAUUGCACGUUUGGAAAGGGACUGGAAACCGCACGCUCAAUUUUUGAAGCAACCGGUGUUAGAGGGGUUUUGCAAAUAUUAGUGGUUCUUUUAGCUGGGAAGUCGAUUGAUGAUAUUUCAAAGCCUUCUCAGAAUCUUCACGACCGCCCGCACGAUCAUAUGUGUCAACUAGAAUCAUUAUGCGUCGGUUGUUCCUUCAGACUACAUUAAUUUUACCAACAAUGUCUAGGACGCAGACUUAAAAAAUAUAGUUGAGGGCCUAAAGGAUAGAGACGGUCUACUAGGAAAGCUCUAUUAGAAAAGUUAACAAGCGGUAUGUCAAACAAGUGUUUAUUUAAAAGUACUUUCCUUAUAUUAUCUGCAUCUUUUUCCUGCACUAGCUGCUGUUUAAUUCUCUCCUGUGAUAACUUUGAAAAUCGUUUUUAACUUGAGGCUUCGUGGUUGUGUUGUUGUGCUUAUUCACGAAAAAGAAAACUGGCAGUGUUUUUCCCGCCUUCCGUCAUGCCACUUUCCAUCAUACCUUGAUCACGUGCUGUAAUGUAUUCCGAGCGGGGUACAUUGCUUAAUGUAUCACGAUCGGGAUACAUUUGAUUUUAGUCAAGGCCACGUGACCAAGAAUCAACCAAUGGCAGUCCCUGUCUAGCUGAGUGAAAGUCCAGGAACAUAACAAUAGUUGAUGACAUUUAACUUACCUAUGGAACAUUGCUCUUCGAAAGCUGUUGUUUAACAGUAGCAAUGUAACGAGGUACUCAAGCAAAUUAAGGCAUGGGUCAAAAGCUAUUUUCGUUGAAAACUGAGGGGGUUGUCUAUUUUGUAACUAUUUACAGUAAAUCUCUAAAUUGUAUGUAACACGCGAUUUCUCAGAAAGUUAUUGCUAUUUAUACAACAACAUUAUGCAAAUUAGGCCACGUGAACUCUUAUGGCCACAAAGUCCCAAACACUCUUUAAGCAAAAAUGGCACUGAGCAGUUUAAAUUCAAAGUUAUUCAACUUAAUUGCUACAACACAACUUGCAAUAUAGAGAACUACAAAACUGUGCUUGGCAACAUUUGAAUGUGUAAUUACUUUUGUAGAUAAACGGGUUUUUUUUAAUACCAGUACCCAGUCCCCCAUUAGAAGUAAUUCCUCUAAUCGGAAAUUUCCUUUGCAAUAUCUUAACAUUGCCAAACACAGAAAUGAUAAACCUAAAGGCCUUAAAAUUAUGCAGCUAGUCUAGUUGUCUAGCACUUCUUUUUAUUAAUUAUUCAGUCAUUUAUGUAUUUAUUUACAUGUAAAUGUUGUUUUGUUUUGUUUUUGUUUUUGUUUUUAUGCAAACGAUAGUCAUCCAAAUAAGCAAAGAGCUGGUUUGUUCUCCGUCAAUAAAAGGAUGUAACAAUAACAACACCAGCGGUUAGUAUCCUGAUAAAUCAAAUUGCAAUCCGCUUAAUAUAACUGGAUUUUUUGCGAGGUUGCAGUUAGUCUGCUUCACUGCCGUUCUUCGUUUCUUCACGCCAUGCUCCUCUCAAAGAACGACUGUGUAGCAGACUAGGUUGCAGUUUGUACUUGGAGUUCUGUAUUUUCUUAUAUCAGCAAUUCUCUCAGAUGCUAGAAAUUCUGUGGUAACUAGAGUGUUAAGAGAAUUGCAUAGUGCGUUCGAAUUGUACUCACAAUGCUAAUCUAGUCAGUUAUGUUUAGCAGCGAUCACUAUGUACUAGUUUAAAGCUGAAGUUAAGUUCACUUUUGUUUUCGUCCGCAGGACUGCAACCAUCCCAGGUUCAACCACAAAAUACCAGCGAACCUUCGUCAAGCGUCUCACCAGUGGGCAGCAGCAUACAAGGCGGAAACCACUCCAGAAUGGCUGCUAUUGAUUUAGUAUUCUUGGUUGAGGGCUCUGAUGCAGUAAAUGACUCUCUUUUCAGCACAAUGUCUGACAUUGUGAAAGACAUUUUAACUCGGUUUCCAGUAUCAAUAAACAGGACACACGUGGCAGUAGCAGUUUACGCUGCAGAAACAAAGAUAGUUGUAAAUCUGAAUGACAUCUACAACAGCAGUAAAAUUAAGGAGGCGUUAGACUCAGUGAAAAAACCGAAUGGUUAUAACUUGGCUGGUAAAGCUCUUAAAACGGUCAAAACUGACAUCUAUGAUAAAACUGGAAGAACAGGUGCUGUGUCACGUGUUCUUUUACAUAUAAUGUGCAGUGAAUCACUUGAUGACGUCAUCCAACCUGCUAAAGAUCUGAGGGAGGAAAGGGUAAAAAUAAUAGCUGCGGGUGCCUGUCCUAAAGUUAAGAAAGCCGAACUUUGCAAAAUUGGUAGUCCACCCUUGUGUGAUAACUCAGUCUUAAUACAAACAUUCAAGCCACCCUCUUCUCCAGGCAGGGAACUGGCAGAUCGACUGAAGAAAGGUUCGUCAGUACUUUCAAGUCACAGGAAGGGCAAGAUAUAUGCCCUAUGUCAGACAUAAAUGUACCAUGUCAAAAUGCAUCUAGACCCUAUGAAUUUUUUGCUCUUUGUUAGUUAUAUGCGAUCAGACUGUAACCAUCACUAAAAAUUCAUCUAAUUAACUAGUAAAUUGUUCCUGUCAAAUAGUCGAUCAUGUUAUUGUUCUAAUUAUUUUAAACUUUUACAUAUAGGUGUUCCAGUUGAAAAUGUUACCCAUCCUUCGACAGGUGAGGUAUAUAAAUUGUUCAUUUGCUUGCUUAGCAAUGCAAACUAGUAAAAACCUUAUUCCUGUCGAACAGUCCAUGAAUUAUGUUAUUGUUCUAAUUAUUCUUCAUUUUUAAAUCUAGGUGUUCCAGUAAAAAAUGUUACCCAGCCUUCGACAGGUGAGAUGUAUAAAAUGCGCAUUUUCAAACCUUGCAAAACUAGUAAAAAUCUUAAAUAGAGAGCUGUGGUUUGUAUGAAAAAAUGCGAUUACAAUGUAGUAUAAGCAUACGAUAUUGUCAUUAAUAUAUCAUUAUCAUCGUCUUUUCAACAUCAUCAUCAUCAUCAUCAUCAUCAUCAUCAUUCUUAUUAUUAUUAUAAUCAAGAA